CAGGGGCGGGAUGAGGCAGUGGGAGGUUUCAGAUAGUGCGAUUCUGAAACAUCAGGCUAGCGACUGGGUGUGCAACCACGAUUUACCAAAGUAUGGAUGAGUGUUUUUUCUGCACCUUUUAGAAUGCAAUUGGGGCCAGAUCCUUCUGGACGGACCAUCCACGGCACGGCAGAUGGCUGUUAAUCAUUGUCCUGUGCGCUCUUGUCGAUUCCUGGGCGAAAUCGUUCAUCUCGUUUUGCAGUGAUCGUCCGACCAAGCUAUAUGCAUGGAAUGGAAGCAUUUAAAGAUCGUAUAAACCAAGCGGAACCCCACAGACAAUGUUGCGAUGUUCUCUACUCGGAUCACCCUCUGGAGUUGUCGUGGGAGUGGCUGACGCGCCACGGGGUAGUGUUGUGGUGCCUUCAGUUGAACCUCAAACGACAGGAGGAGCCACACGGCUACGGUGCCGCAUUUGGGGGAAUGAUGGUCUGAAUCACCUCUCGUUACCAUGGCGAACAAUUGGACCUUGUUACGGUCGUAUGACAAGCGAUAGUGUUUUAUGUUACGUCUACUGGAGGCCCACGAGGAAAUAUCAGGAACGAGCCGUCCCAUUGACGUCCACGACACUCAAUCGUCGUCGAAAGGUGGUGAAGACGCGUCCAUUUGAAAUGAUAAGAUGCAUAUUAAUACUAUACCCAAGACCAAUGAAUACUCAGCCUGUCAACUUACGUGUUGUUGGUGGUCCAGGACGGUAGAUGUUGUCCUCGUCGCCUAAACGAGUUAGAGGUUCCAAGAUACCCCACGACUGGCCCUGGCGGAUUUUCCUGGUGGGUUGUUUGAGACGAGACAAGCCACCCCCUCCUUCCGCCUGGAGUCUUAAUUGCAGGUAUCACAAGUAUUAUACAGGGAACACUGGUGACUUGGCAUCAAACCUGCUACUCCGGUAUUUCGCCCUCACACCCCACCACGCACUCACGACUUACCCCAUCAAACACGUACAGUACGCUACGGUACUUACGGGUAUAUGUGAACUUUGCUAUUGUAGGAUGUCUAUUUCUGGAACCACUCCGGCUCCGCGGGCUCAAAUCGACACAUGUCCAAGCCUCCUGAUAGGAACGGCCUCUUUCGGCAACACUUCGUACCAGGAUCAUUGAAAGUCCGGACAUGUGUGGUUCUGCUUCCACGGUUACUCUACCACAGUUCACCACCGCCCACCACUGCAAUCUGCUCCUUACAUGCUAAAGCUGGGCCGAUGUUUUAUCACUUUCGCUCUUCGCCACGCCGGUUACUUCAGUAUACCCCAGCCGUUACUAACCCCACUCACCUCUCCCAUACCCCUCUCUCUAAACCUAUCUUCCUCGAAAGAGGCUUGGGCAGGUUUAGAGUUCCAAAAGCACUCUAGAGCGAAGUAUCUUUCUAGGGCACUCUACCUCGUGUCAGGAGAUCCAGGCAUGGGUAACCUUGACGUUCCCGAUCCUAGCCAGGGAUUUGAUGACCCGAAGAGGGUCUGAGCAAGUACAGCUGGUACUUUAACUUAACAUCUUUCUCUUAUUAUCGGGGAUAUGGCCAGCAGCCCUUUACCACUUUUACCAUUGCUCGCCGCGUCGUUCGUUCCACACAACAUUUUCUUGCUCAUCCUCCGAUUGCACAGUCGCUCCUUUUCGGGUUUCCUAAUUUCUUUCUCAUAAUUGACGUACUGGUCUAUCUACACUCUUUACUUAACUUUAUCUAUAUCACCGCUGGGAGCUGGCUCCCACUUUACGUGCCGCCUGCGCAGACCCACUAACGAGUUGUUUCUAUACUAUACAAUACCGUAUAGCCGUCCUCAAUACGCUCCUUACUGAUCCAUCGACUCAUAUAUAUCAAAUACCGGCUCAUAUCGGUACCUUUCUUUACAAAGCAUACUUGUCAAUAUUGCUUUCUAACAUUAUCGCCAACGAGACACUGCAAGAUUAACACCGCAUACUGACUGUCGUCAUUUAAUCCAAUCCAUCCAAGAACGGCACCAAGAUAUCUGAUAUCUCUUCUAUCAUAAGAGGCGCCCACAAAACGCACCCUAUAUCACCGACGCAGCGUCUGAACGACUGCCGCUUUAUACCAUUCUACAUCGCUGGCGCUUUCCACAAUGGACUCCGAGCAGGCGAGUGUAUAUGUGGUCCCCGGUCCAUAUACAGACGCCGAUUCUCGUCCACUACAUAGUCGCCAGCAAUAUCAUACACCAAACUUCACCUUCAAUCCGAACAAUAAGUUUCGCAGAGACCAAACCCCGCGCUCCUAUCCCACCACCACCGUCAGCUCGAGUGAGGCAGCAAAGCAAGUGGAAUCCGGGGUUACAGCCUUGUGGUCGACGCGACAAGUGCCAAAUAUGUCACGGCCACGCCCUGCCCAGAUGGCGGAAACCAACCUGAACGGCUUCAGCUAUUGCAUUCCUGAGCAGCCUACCGCGCUACCUGCUUGGGAUUCGACAACCAUGACACUCUCCUCCAGCCAUGAAGUGAUGCCGCAGACAUAUGCCAUCGUCCAGGACUUCUAUCAGCCAUCUGAAAGUGCCGAUAGCAGGCCCUCUUCAAUGUACAUGAACCAAGGGUAUGCGCAACUUUCUGAGGAUUGGGGUAAUAAGGCAUGUGGAGAUGUACUCGAAUUACAGCACUUUGACUCUGAAGCAAAUAUCGGCCAGGCUUAUACCACAGACGAAUGCGUUCCAAUUCUUGACCUGAGAUACAACACUGGGAUGGACAACGAUCACUUGAGCCUCGAGAAUCCAUACAAUUCGCGCCGCAUGUCAGGCUCGUCAUUCACUAUGUCGACCAGUGGUGGUUUAUCUGACAUGACUUCAUAUGAUGAUUUCUCAACGACCCUCUCUGAGGCCCCGUCCUUCACUUCGGACUACCCGCCGCCAUCAAACAGAACUUCUCUUAUGUCAUCUACUCAGUUAUCACCUGUCGCAUCUCCACGGAUGACACCUCAAAACAGGUCUGAACUUGUGCGAACACAAAGCCGUGGGCGAGCGUCCCCUUCUCCAAGGCCGAGCAUGCGAUCCGCGCCGUAUUCAAUAGACAACCGCAGCAAACGAUGGUCUACAGGUUCGUAUGCCUCGGGGCCAAGAAGACCGUCGCCUUUCGUCUAUCACACAACCCCAGAAGGAUUCGUGCAGCCACAAAGAAUGUCCUCUCGGCACUCCUCGCCAACGUUGCCAAAUACUCAUCUUCCUUUAAACAUGGCCAAUCUUCAAAAUCAGCAAAACCCGUAUCUCAUGCCACACAGCAACCCAGCAUACCAUCGCAAUAGCAUGAUUCUACCAUCAAACGCUUACCACGAACCUCGCCACUUUGAGACACCACCUCCUCUAUUUUCGCAUGGGCUAUUCAGAAUGUUGCAGAGCAAUGCGGACCCUCACUCCAUGCACUCGCACUACGCCGAUCUGAGUGACCCCCCAGAUCUCUAUGCCUCUCUCAACGAUGAGCAGAUACCACCCCCACCUGAGGACAUGAACCCGAGCGACCCAGACCUAGUACCACAUGAACAGGAGCUUCGGUUUGAUGGUGACCUCUACACGCCUCGUUGGGUCCGCGGUCAUGGCAACAAACGAGAAGGCUGGUGCGGCAUAUGCAAACCUGGUCGUUGGUUGGUUCUUAAGAAUAGCGCAUUCUGGUAUGACAAGAGCUUCACGCACGGUAUUAGUGCGGCUACUGGGAACCCAUUCCAGGAGCCGCAGGAGACAAGGCGUAUGGAUGGAAACCCAGAUGUUUGGGAGGGCUUGUGUGGAAGCUGUAAUGAAUGGGUUGCGUUGGUCAGUAGCAAAAAGAAAGGCACGACUUGGUUUAGGCAUGCUUAUAAGUGUCACACGCACCCAAAGAUUAAAGACGCACCGAAACGAAGGAGGGAAAGCAGUAGCACUAGAGCGUUGGCUGCGUCGACGAUGGCGAAGCCUCAAACCGAGCUACCCAAGAUAGAGGCGCCACUUACGCCGCAAAUGACACCCCGUCCCAUCACUUCUGACAAUACAACGCCGGCGCCGACAAGAAGAAUAACGACCCCACUACCGAAUAUGGCAAAUAUGAUAUAGUGGCUCUCUGAAACCGAUUUAAGCUAUCAUUCUUUUAUAUGUUAAUAGUUUGCUACAUAUGUUUGUUUGCCCUAGUACAUAUUGGGACUUUUUUCAAGCGCCAACAAGAGACUGGUUAGACGGUUGGCCGGGUUAGGACAUUUUCGAAAGAUUGGAAGGGAAUACGUGGUCAUAUCUCUCUACUCCUGGGAUGGUUGGGAUAGGAGGGUCUGUCAUGACUACGAGACAUGAUUUUACGAAAAAAAACAUGGGAUUGGAUUCGUUGAUGCGGGCAUCAUGAUCACAACACCCCCACAAACAUAUAAUUUUUUUAAAGUCAAGCAUAAUUGCUACGGAUGGAAACGCUAGAAACCCGAUUUGCUGUCUGUUGGCUGCAACGGGGAUUAGUUUGAACGCUCAAGUACAUAGCACAUAGUUAGAAAUAAAGCCAAAAUAAAGCCACC